AUGGAUAACAGCUCUCUUUUCGAUGUCAAAGGCAAGGUCGUUCUCGUCACAGGCGGUGCCAAAGGCAUCGGCCGCAUGAUCAGCGAGGGUUUCGUUCAGAAUGGCGCUACGGUGUAUAUAUCGUCGCGCGAUGCGAAGGCUUGCGAGCAAGCGUGCAAAGAAUUGAACGCGCUCGGUAAAGGCAAGGCCGACUUUAUCGCAGCAGAUCUUUACAAAGAAGAUGCCGCCAAGAACAUCGCCGACGAGUUGAAGAAGCGAGCAGGAAAGCUCGACGUCCUCGUUAACAACAGUGGCAGCAACUGGGGCGAGUCCUUCGACAAGUAUCCCGCCUCAGCAUGGGAUCGCGUCCUCAACCUCAACUUGAAACGUGUCUUUCAACUCACGCAAGCUGUCACACCCCUUCUCGAAGCCGCUUCUACCCCGAGCUCCCCAGCACGCAUCAUCAAUAUUGGCAGCGUCGAUGGAUUGCGCGUCCCUGCCCUCGAGACUUUUGCGUACUCCGCUUCCAAGGCCGGUCUCCACCACAUGAGCAGAGUGUUGGCGAGCCACCUGGGCAAGCGCGGUAUCACGAGCAACACAAUUGCUUGCGGACCUUUCCAAAGCAAGAUGAUGAAGGCUACACUAGAGAAAUUCAAAGAUGUCAUUGAGAGCGGUAUUCCGUUAGGGCGAAUUGGUAGCCCGGAAGAUGUUGCGGGUACAUGUAUCUGGCUUUCGAGCCGGGCAGGUUCUUACGUCAAUGGCGCUACCAUUGCGCUUGAUGGCGGCAGCGUUGUCGGAGCUAAGCUCUGA